AUUGGGUGGUUUAAAUAAAGAAAAUACACCUUGUUAGCCAUUAUUAAUUAGUUUAUUAGAGUUAGAAAGUAGAACAUGUGAUUAUAGCUACAUAAAAACAGUUAAAAUAACACCGGAAACCAUCGAUACUCGCCAUUUUCGUGCUUGCCGGUAUCGAUGCAAUUGCCUCUUGUUCAUCUCUAAGCAGCAGCUGCAAAAAGUCUCAAAAAAAUCAACUAUUUCACAUUCGAUUCGUCCAGUUUAUGCGUAAAAAGCUGUCCCCAGAAUUCCAGAAAGCGUUAUGGAGGAACUACGCAAGCAUUUAUCCAAGGUGAACGUGCCCUGCGGCUCCGGAACGGGCAGUCCUCCGAUCUACAAGGACGAGUGCGUCUAUUCCUACGACAAUCCCGAGACGCCCACCGGUUUGUACGUGUGCCUGCACAGCUUCCUGGGCUUCGGCGAGUCGUAUGUGCGGGAGUAUGCCGACAAGACCGGCAACCAGGUCUUCCUCCACAUCCAGCGGGUGAAGACGCCCAAGGAGGGUGCCGCCGACACAGAGGCGGAGUGCGAUCCCGAGACGGAGGCGGGGCCGGAGAGGAAGAUCACCCGCUUGGCCAUCGGCGUGGAGGGCGGCUACAAUGAGUCCGACAUGGCCAAGAAGUACGAGAUCAAGGACACCUACAGCAUCGUGGUGGCCCCGCACCUGGACAAGAAGCUACCCUAUCCCGAUCCGGAGCUGCCCAUGCGCGUCACCCAGGCGGUGGAGGCGAUCCUGGCCGCGGAUUCGGCCAUUGCCAAGCUGGAGAAGGCCACGCUGAUGGGCACCUGGGAUGGAGAAGUGCGUCAGGCCUCCAAAUACGCGGAGAACCUGCAGCAGCUGGACAACGGCAAGAAGAUCCCGCCGGCAGGAUGGCAGUGCGAGAAAUGCGAUCUAACAAACAACCUCUGGCUGAAUCUCACCGAUGGCUCCAUCAUGUGCGGACGCAAGUUCUUCGACGGCAGCGGCGGCAACGACCACGCCGUGGAGCACUACCGGGUGACGGGUUAUCCGCUGGCUGUCAAACUGGGCACCAUCACUGCCGAUGGCAAGUCGGAUGUGUUCUCCUACCCGGAGGACGACAUGGUACUCGAUCCCCAUCUCGAGCGCCAUCUCUCCCACUUUGGCAUCAACAUGGCGGCGAUGAAGAAGAGCGAGAAGUCCAUGGUGGAGCUGGAGUUGGACAUUAACCAGCGCAUUGGCGAGUGGUCGGCGCUGACGGAGAGCGAGAGUGAGCUGCAGCCGCUGGCCGGUCCUGGCUACACUGGCAUGCGCAACCUGGGCAACUCCUGCUACAUAAACAGCGUGAUGCAGGUGCUCUUCAUGAUCCCAGAUUUCCAACAGCGAUACGUGGGCAGCGGAGCCGAACGCUAUUUCAAAGAGUUCCCCAGCGACCCCGCCAACGACUUUGACAUUCAGAUGGCCAAACUGGGCACUGGUCUGCAGUCCGGCAAGUACAGCAGCAUUGCCGAAAACACGCUGGACACCGACCACUCCACCGGAAUAUCGCCGGCCAUGUUCAAGAAUAUUGUGGGCAAGAACCACCCAGAUUUCAGCACCAAACAGCAGCAGGAUGCCAACGAUUUCUAUCUGCAUUUGCUCACCCUGCUGGACAGGAAUUCCCGGAACCAAACCAAUCCCGCAGAUGCUUUAAAGUUCCUGCUGGAGGAUCGCGUCGAGUGUCUGGCCAGUCGCAAGGUGAAGUACAAGACACGCGAGGAAUACAGCUUCCAGCUGCCCAUUCCACUGGAUAAGGCCACCAAUCUGGAUGAGGUGCGGGAGUUCCAAGAGCGCGAGAAGGCGGCCCGCGAGACUGGACAGCGACUGGUGGAUCGGGACAUUGUGAGGCACAAGGUGCCUCUGCAGGCCUGCUUGGAACGCUUUUUCGGCCCGGAGCUGAUUGAGCAAUUCUACUCGACUGCCAUUGAGGGCAAGACGAAUGCCAGGAAGAUCACGCGACUGGCCACCAUGCCCGACUGCCUGAUGAUUCACCUGGGUAAGUUCACGCUGGGCGACGACUGGGUGCCAAAGAAGCUGGAUGUUUCCGUAGACAUGCCCGAUGAACUGGAUCUGAGCAACUGGCGUUCGGCAGGUGGCCUGCAGGCUGGAGAGGAGGCUCUGCCUGAACCUGCGGCGGAGCAGGUGAAGUUCGUGUUCGAUGAAGCGGUCAUGUCUGAGCUGCUUACCAUGGGCUUUCCCCCAGAGGCCUGCAAACGGGCAUGUUUCCAUACAAAGAACAGCGGCCUGGAGGCGGCCUCCAACUGGCUAAUGGAGCACAUUGCUGACGAAGACAUCUCAGAGCCAUUUGUGGUGCCCAACAAUCGCAUUGGAGACUGCGCGGCCAAUCAGUUUGUGGCCAAUCCCGAGAGCCUGGCCAUGUUAAUGAGCAUGGGCUUCGACGAACGCCAGGCGGUGGCCGCUUUGAAGGCCACUGAUGGCAACGUGGAGCGCGCCACCGAUUGGAUAUUCUCGCACGCCGACUCCGUUGGCGUUGAGGAAGUUGCCCCCGCCUCGGAUGCACCCGUUGCAGCGCCUUCUUCAGAACCAAACAAGAGCAACUACCGCGAUGGGGCCGGCAAGUACCGGCUGGUGGCCUUCAUUUCGCACAUGGGCACCUCCGCCCAGGUGGGACACUACGUCUGCCACAUUCGCAAAAAGGGCGAGUGGGUGAUCUUUAACGACAGCAAGGUGGCCAAGUCGCAGAACCCGCCCAAGGACCUCGGCUACCUGUAUCUUUACAUGCGCGAACAGUAGCCAGCCCGAUCUCAGUCCAGUCCCAACCACCACAGUCCCGCAAUCUAAUAUUAUGCGCCCUGAAGAAUGGAAUUUAAUAAUAAACAUAAUAAUAUACAUACGUAUACAUUA